AUGUUUCAUCAAAGCUCGAAAAAGCCGUACACGGCGGUCACGGUGCAGGUUGACCGCUUGACCGGCGACCAGGUGGCGGAAGAUGAUGAUAGUGGCAUUCCUGAUCUGGUCGAGGUGAUUCGGCUUCAGACUUCGGGCCCGACAGAGGCAGCCCGCGCGAUUCGAAAGAAGCUGAAAUAUGGCAGCCCUCAUCGUCAAAUUCGGGCUCUGGUUAUCCUUGAUGGCCUGAUCCACAAUGCAGGCUCUCGGUUUCAACGCACUUUCGCCGACGAACCUCUACUUGAGAGACUCAGGAUGAUGCCAAGGGAUGAGACCGUGGAUCCUCAGGUGCGACAGAAAUGUCAAGUCCUGUUCAAGCAAUGGGCCAAUGCCUACAAGACCACGCAAGGUCUCGAAAGGAUUGCAAACCUUUACAAGGAGCUGCCAAAGACUGCGAAGCCACAAGCAGCUCGUCAAAAGGUACUGCAGGCGCCUGUCGAACCGGAGAAUGUUUUCGAGGAGCCGCCCGUCUCGCGAACGACCACUGUGUCCAGCGUGGCAUCCUCCAACCCCGUCACGCUCACGCCGACAUCCUCCUCAAGCUUCGCCUCCAAAUUGUCCAAGCACAAAAGCAAGUCGCAAGGGAAACCCUUCAAUCUGGCACGGGAGAAGGAGAACAUGACCAACGCCAUCGCGCAGGCAUCAAUGGCAUCUACCAACCUGCUCAAUGGCCUUCAACUGGUCAAUCGAGAGAAGGAGCGAGUAUCUGAGAAUGCCGAAGUCCUACGGCGGUUUGAAGCGUGUAAGCUCUUGCGAAGGCGGGUGUUGUACUACAUUCAGAACGUCGAAUCUGAUCAGUGGAUCGGGAGCCUGGUCAACGCCAAUGACGAGCUCGUCAGAGCCUUGACCGCUUACGAAAUCAUGGACAAGAGCAUCGACGAUGACAGCGACAGCGAUGCGUGGGAGCACAGCCAGCAUCCGGCGCCCAAGAGCGCGGCAGGACCAAGCUUGGACAGUCAGCAGCAGCUGGCAGGGUUGUCACUGGAGGAGAAGCCUCCAGUGAAGCCGCCGAGACCUACCAGCGUGUCAAUACCGCAGCCACCAGCUUUCCAACAUGCAGCUAGCGGAGCACAGGAUGUUGCGGAAGAGGGAGAGGACGACGAGGACGAUGAUCCGUUUGGAGAUUCCAAUGCCGCACCGACACCUUUCCAAGAGCGCUCGGGGAUGAUGUGGAAGGAUGUUUGA